AUGUCUCAACCAAAGGGUGUCAAAGAAAGUUCAAAACUGGUGAAGGAUUCAUCCAAAGAAUGUGUGUUGAAGAAACCAAUGGAGUGUGUUAAGAGGAGGCAAUGUUGGUUGAUCUUGAAGAGGAUGUUGGCGGGUAGAGAUGGUUUGGAUUUGAAAGAUCCUCCACCAAUGGUCGAUAACGUCUCUGAGUCCAAGAGUUUGGAAAAAAAGUCAAAGGCAAUAGGUUUGAAGGAAAUAGAGAGAAAAUUGAGGUUGUAUGCAACACCAGAUGAGUUUGCUAGCGACAUGAGGCUUGUCUUCUCUAAUGCAAUGCAAAUAUAUCCUCCAAGGAAUCAUAUUUACCAAAUUGCAAAAAAGUUCAGUGAGAAUUUUGAACUCAAAUGGAAGUCAUUGAAGGAUGAGUGGGAACUUGAGGAUAGGAAAAGAAGAAAGGCGCACAAGAGUAGAAGAUACUAA